CUAGAACUGAUAUCCUCAUGACGGUCACAAACAAACAAUGCUGGACCUCUCCGCCCGUGGGACAAAGAACUCUCCGGACUUGUUCUCCCGUUUGCUUGCCCUACAGCUUCCCGAGGCUUUCCGCGGACGGCUUUUUCUCACCAAUGCGAUCCUCCAAAGGUCAGAGAAGGACCAUUUCGGAAUGGUCUAUUAUACACACCGGAGUCCGUCUGAUUGUAGGAUCUAACCUUGUUGCUGACCAUUCAGUCAGACUGGCAUCCUCCGCAACAGUUCUUUGAGGCUGGUAAAGAAGCCUGCCGACCCCUCAACAUAUAAAGAGCGCUGCGGUCCUCGAGCAAUUUCACUACUUCCCAUCACACCCCAACCGCAUUGACCUCUCUUCUCACUAACAACAGACCAAACCGACAAACAUCACGAGUGAAGAUGAAGCAUAUCGACAAAUUGGCCUUGGCUGCGGCCUGCGUGCCUGGUAUGAUCCUCAACGCCGUCCCGCUUUCCGAGGACACCGCUAACGUGCUCUCCCAGGCUGGUGAGACUGUGCCCGUCGAUCAGGGCGCCGAGUCUACUACUGAGGGUAACGCUGCUGCGGCAGCUACGCCCGGUUCCUGUGACUGCGAGGGCAGUGACUGCACCGAUGUUGAGGCCGGAGGCCGCGGCGGGUACAAUAUGGUUGAUGAUGGCAACGACAAUUCCACUGGCGAUGGAUGCGAUAACCGCUCCGACUGUGACUCUGUUUCGCCGGAUGGACGCGGCGGGUACAAUAUGCUUGGCAACGGCACCGCGAAUUCCACCGGGAAUGGCAGUGGUGACUGCGCCGAUGUUGAGGCUGGAGGUCGCGGUGAUGGUAAUGCUGACGGCACUGACGAUGGCUGCGAUGACGCUAACGCUGGUUCGCCUGAUAGACGCGGCGGGUACCGAGUGCUUUGUAUCGGCUCCCCCGACGCCGAUCCCAUAGCCACUGUUGACUUUUUCUGAAUCCUGUUGGGGGCUCCCAGCUAAGCGUUGGCCAUAGCUCAUUGGCAGUGGCUUGAGACGUAUCACACAACACACGCCUGGCUUGCUGACAGGUAAAUGUGGGCGGGCCAGUGGCG